GUGCCAAACAACAUAAAAUAAUGGAACUGGAGCCCAAGAUAUGUCACAAAAUACAUCGAGCACAUUUUUCAAGAAUGUUUCAUCAGGAUGAUAGGAGAAUUUCAGAAACCAGUUUUCUAGAGCCUUAUCUACCGCGAAACUAUCACUCACUUGGCUUUUGGCGUACAGAGAUGUGUUAUUAAGCGAUUUAAAUAUGAUUCUAUAAAAACUAGGAUUGUACUCGAGACGAAAGAAUGCAUCAGCACAUAUCAGGUUCACGAUCCCCCACUUGACAACUUGGCUCGAUUCGUGACUCAUCAAUCUUUGACAUAAACAUGUCAACCAAAUGUCCUUCAGGAGUUCCUCCCCAAUAACACUAUUUAUUACAGAUAGUUUGACAACACUCGGAAGAAUUGGGGUUAUUAGAUGAAGUUGCUUCUCUUCUAAUACCUCAAGAACUAUAAUUAUGUCUUUCCAAAUCUCUUUCAAAUGGGAGACUUGGUUAUCAUUCCAAACAAAAUAACUACACUUGAAUGAUAACGAAUUAACUUCUAAAAAGUCAACAGAUCUCUUCAAAAGAUACAAAGCUUUCUUGCGGUGGAAUGCUAGAGGAUCUGUUAGUCCACUGUAAAUAAUAUACCAAAACUGUUCUUCAGUUACAAGUGAAAAACUAUUUUUCUCCAAAGAAAUAUAAUAUUGAGCUAGCAUACAUAAAACUGUUAUUACUUUCGAAAGACUUUGCUCGUCGUGGCAUUUUUGAAUAUCAGUUUUAUUGCUGGCAUUUUGCAAGGAUAACCAUAUUUCUUCUAAAAUUUUAUUUGAAUUGCAAUAGCUUAUAAAAUUAGGAAUGAUGUAGUGUAGCACAACACAUAAAACAUCAUUAUCGCUGCAUAAUAUAGCACUUUUGAAUAUUCUUUCAAGACGAGCAAAAGAGUUACAUUGAAUAUUCUUAGCUUUAAGAGUUUUUAAAACAAUGUCUAUUGCGUAAAAUGUAAACAAAUUAAUGUCAGUUUUUCUUGCAGUUUGGGAUGUGAAAUCCACAAGUACAAGCUCUAUAAACCCAUUCACUGUUUCGAUAAUAUCAUCAUUGUUUAUGAGUCGCAGCAGGAUUUUGCAAAGCUCUAAUAAUGUGGAGCUAUCAUUAGCUGGGACCAAACCCAGUUUACCAUAUUUCAGAAGUUCAUUCAAGAUAAUCUUCAACUUGGAGGAUGAUUUUACAGGUGUGAAUUCGCUUGAGUCGAUAAAAACUAAAACUGAUUCAAAGUUUUUCUUCACAGUAGAUACGUCUGGAGAUCUUGUUUGUAAGUAUUUUUCAAGUUUUGAAAUUAACACACCUAUAUAAUUAUCUAGCGAUUCAGAAAUCAGUUCCUCUUUGCUAUUUUGGUGCACAGACAUUUUUACAAUCAGUUUGAAAACAACUACUCAUCAAAUAAAUUUGGAAUAUUAAAAAGGCAAUGUAAAUUGAUACUUAUUUCCCACAUGCCGGUGGUCCUCAGAUUAUGACUUGAAAGUUGAAGUAUAAGUUUAAAUUACUGAAAACACUAAAAAAGCUUGCAAGAAAUAUGAAUGAUUUAUAAACAUAACCUCAAAAGUGAAACGUGAACAUGAUCCUGUAGUCUGCCUUCUGCGUUUGCGCAGAAUCUCCUCUAGAAAAACAAAAAACGUCAACUCUCUCAGUUGAUUAAGUUUGGUUUGACGAUUUCAGCCUUCUUUCAAAACAAAUUUUUCUUAUACGUAAAAUGUUGUUACAUUUUUAAGUGAACAAAGUAUUGUAUGGAAAUUUUGUUACUUGUGGGAUAUUGCAGUCACAAAAGAUCUCAGAUUUUGCUGCCAACUUCUUUGAAAAAUGUCAGACUGUGCGGAAACAGAUGAAAGCAAUAAAUAUGUUCCAGGAGAGAAUCAAGAUGACCUUAUACUGCAACAGCAUAGGAAAAUCGAACAAGAGAUAUCAGAAUCAAUUGCCCUAAUAGGCAACAAGGAAGCCCUGUCAAGCCUUGAGAAUGAGUACUCUGAUGACGACAUUUAUAGACAGAAAGUACAGGAUCUCUCAAAUAAGUAUAAGAGCGUAAGAAGAACCCGUCCCGAUGGAAACUGUUUCUUCCGUGCGUUUGCCUUUGCGUACCUUGAAUCAUUGCUGGACAAUCAACAGGAUUACGCCAAAUUCAAAGAAACUGCUUCCAGCAGUAAAGACUGGUUAAUAAAUUUGGGAUUCCCUCAAUUCACGCUAGAAGACUUUCAUGAUACAUUCAUGGAAGUGGUUAAUGUAGUGGGUAACGGCCCAUCCGCCUGUGAUGAACUGUAUAAACUAUUCAACAACCAGGGCUAUUCAGACUAUGUUGUGGUCUACCUACGACUGAUUGCUUCAGGCCAGUUGCAGAAGGAAUCCGAAUUCUAUCAGAAUUUCAUCGAAGGAGGCCGAUCCGUCGUUGACUUUUGUCAUCAGGAGGUCGAGCCGAUGUUUAAAGAGAGCGAUCACAUCCACAUAAUAGCACUGAGUUCCGCGCUGAACGUGGGCGUGCGGGUGAGGUACAUGGACCGCGGUGACUCGGCAGAGGUCAUUGCGCAUGACUUCCCCGAGGGCAGCAAAGUCACCGUUCACCUCCUCUAUCGGCCCGGUCACUACGACAUUCUCUAUCCAACUACAUCCUCCUGAAAAUAACUUUGCCUCAAUAGCUUUAUCUACAAAUAAAAGUAUUACGGGGGAAUGAAUGUUCAGCAAACCUUUCCACUGAACUUGACAACCGGUUGCGUCAAAACAAUUCUGUUAUGCUGAAUUUAAGUUCUCAAUUAGAAUGUUUUGUAUUCAAUCGAAAUUAGGACCUAACUAAUGUAGAUUCCAUUAGGAUCUACCCUAUUCAAGUAUGUAAAAUUUUAGCUUUUUCAAUGAUAGUCAAUCGAACUUUCAUCAAUAUCAUUCUUCAGUUUAAACUUUCCAUCCUUUUUUUGCAAAGCUAUUCAAGAGAUUCCAAUUAUAUAGCGAAAUAAUCUUGUGCUGACACCAUUUUGAAUUUCUUAUAAAACAAUAAAAUGAAAUUGCAAUAUG